ACAACGUAUUUUUUUUAUAAUCUGUGCAAAAAAUUUGUUGCUUCACGUCAGCCAGUCGGCUGUAUUUUAAUUAUUUUUUUCAAAACAACUACGAUACAAUAGCGUUUUUGUUAAUUUAAUUCCACUUACUGACAAUUCACUUAAAACUAUGGAAUAUAUUGCUUCAGAGAAGGGAGAUUCAACAGAAAAUCGGGAUCCAAAUUCAAUAGCCAAUGGCACAUCGAAGACAGUUGCAGAAAACAAAAGUAUUUUGGAGGGCGCACACAUAGAAGCUCCCGCGGAGAGUGCGCCAUGCACCUCCGAGACCACUGAAGACUCAGAACCUGAAUUUUGUGAGAUUCCGGAACAGAUCGAAUUUACAGUAGUUUUUAAUAAAGCAAAACAUGACAUAACGUUUGCGUACGAUGCGACUGUGGUAGAUUUAAAAGCACAUUUGGAGCGAAUAUGCGGCGUGCCGCAGUCAGCGCAGAAAUUAAUUAUUAAGGGCAUGGCGAAGGACAACAUGACACUGCGACAAUCCGGCAUCGUAAAGGGAGGCAAGGUGAUGCUGGUGGGAUCCAAAAUGGAUGACAUCCUGGCUGUGAAGAGUGCCCAAAUGGAAUCAGCAGAGGAAAAAGCCAGCAGUCAGUCAAGCAAGGAACCACUAUGUAUGCAGAAGAUCCAUAGGAAAGUGCUGGAUAAGGGCAUCCCCCCUGAUGUGAUGCCCGGCAUUAAGGGAGUCAAGGAACCCCUGCCACCAGUACCUCUCAGCGGUAUGCUAAACAAACACGGUGGGAAAGUACGACUCACGUUCAAACAUGAGCAGGACCAGCUCUGGAUCGGCACCAAGGAGCGCACUGAGAAACUCGCCAUGGCAUCUAUUAAAAGCAUCACAUCUGAACCAAUCAAAGAACAUGAAGAAUAUCAUAUCAUGGGUCUACAGCUAGGCCCGACAGAAGCGUCCCGGUAUUGGGUGUACUGGGUGCCGGCACAAUACAUCGAAGCCAUAAAGGAUGCAGUGCUCGGCGUCUGGCAAUUAUUCUAAUCUUGUAAUAUUCGUGAAUCUUCUGUCCAUUGCUGUGUCUACCUUCCUGUCAGCUGAUUGGGUAGUUGCAAUAUAAAAUUUUAAUGUAAUGUGUCCAUUUCAAUCGGUACAAUGUAAUGGUACCAUUUUUUGUGAUAAAAAUACAUAAUGCCAAGUCAAUUAAAAUUGUCCAUUCAAACUGGCAUCUAUCUGGUCAAAAAAUUUGAGAAAUUAUUUAUUGUUAUUGUAAGUUUGCAUUUCGUGCAUUUGGGUUCAGUGAGCUGUACAUACAAUUCUGCUAUUGUAAUAAUAUUCUAGAGAGCGCCGGAGUAAGCGCGUCGCCGUGAGCUUAUUGUCCCUCGAGUUUCAAACCUGAUCUCUUUUAAUGUGAACUUUACAAUGUAAACUUGGGUGACAGAUUGGACUGAGUACACAACUCUCUCUAUUAUCAAUUUUCCUAUCACUUUUAGUGUAAUCAUGAUGUGUGGUUUAUAAUAAUGUGUAUUUUACGUGUAAGUUGUUACUCAAGCCAAUCCUUCACCCAAAACUUUUGAUCAUAGAAUUAGACGAAUAAAACGUUUUGAAUAUUUA